AUGUCCAGCGACAAUGGCAUACCAGCUCUUUUAAGAUUAUCCGAGGAGCACCACCUUCCACCACAAACGGGUUUCGAUCCUUUACAAACACCGCAAUGUCUUCAUACACACGACGGAAGCCAGUUGACGAAAACUUUACACCACCCUCUCACACGUCCGGUAAAGUCACCAUUGAGAUCUUCGAGUGCAUCAUUAUCAAUAAAUGAAGAGAGUGCACAAAAUACUGUCAUUCAACCUGUUAAAAGCACCAUUGCUAUAACACCUGCAAGAGAUUCCAUUACAGUAUCUCCUCCUGUAGUAUCUAUAAAUGAAGGGAGUGCACAAAACACUAUCAUUCAACCUGUUAAAAGCACCAUUGCUAUAACACCCGCAAGAGAUUCUGUUACAGUAUCUCCUCCUGUAGUAAGUGGUUCGAGUGCUCAAACUACAAUUGUUCAACCAGUUAUGAGUACAAUGAAAAUCGAAUCCAGCUCUUCAAGUCCCAUACAAACUCCACGUACGUCAAGCUUCAACUCAGUUUUAAAAAGACCUUCUUCUGAUUCAGCUUCUUCUUUCGACCAAGAUUUAUUGGCUGCAGAGGAAGAGUUAGUUAAAUUGUCUUCGAAAAAGAUUCCCACUUCACCCACCUCAUCUACCGCCUUUGGCACCUCUAGCAAUACUAUUCGUGAUAAUCAUUCGCCACCUUUAUCACCGAAUCUCGAUAGAAUACAAUCAUUUGGAAUGGCUAGCGACAUAUUAGCUUCCUCAGCGGCUAUACUUUCAAGAAUAGAAACCAGAAAUAAUUCCUAUUCGUUGGUAGAUACUACCGAUGAUCUGUUGGUACAAUUGUUAAUUUCUCAAGCGAUCGUUGAUUCAAAAGAUUUCGCGAUAUUGAAUCUAGAAGAUGUAGAAGAACUAAAAAAAGAGCAUUCUUUAUUAACCAACCGAAUGAAUGCUCUUGCGAAUAAAUUGGCUCUUGAAUCGAAAAUUCGUGAAGCUGCUAGUUCACUUGCUCGUCUUCAUGCUUCCAACAAGAGACUUUCACGACAAGCAGGCGAUCAUCUUUCACAGGCGAAUCGUAAAGUUGAUCAAGUAACGACGGAAUUAUGGAAACUUAGUCAGCGUGCCAGUGAAGUAGAACGGAAACUGUUUCAUCACAUGUCAGGUGUGUUGAGUUUAGGAAUAAAAAAACUCGAAGAGAAACAAACGCAAAGUCCACAACAACAGCAAAUGUUUAUGGAUCCCGGUCGAAAUGGGAUUGAGAAUCUGUAUAAUGAGAUUAUGGGAAUGGAGAAUAUGACCUCGGAUAAUGAAUUGACGAACAAAGUAACAAAUUUGGAAUCUUCAUUGCAGAAUGCUCAUCAGACACUUGCCGAUGCACGAAUGUCAAUCCGAAGAAAAGAUAAAGAGAUCGAGGAAUUGAAAUCAAAAGUAGAUGAUGCUGUCAGUGAAGCACGAGAAAGAACAAUCGCUGAAUUGCGCACAGAAUUGGAAGAGGUGGGAAGUCGAUUAGAUAUCGUUUUGAGAAAACAUAAAGCGGCCAAAAAAGAUGCAUUCCCUGAUGAUAAUGACACUGAAGCAUCCGAAGAAUCCGAUGAAGGUCCCAACAAUCGACUCUCUACAAUGACCACCGCCACACAACAUCUUCAAAAAGAACAAUAUCGUAAUAUUUCUAAAAAUUUGUCUAGUUUAGAAAAAUCACUGGAAGAAUAUCAAUUCCGUAUUUACAAACUAGACCAAGAUUUAACAGCUGUCAAGAACAAAACUGAAAAGGACAUGGAUCAACAAAAAGAAUCUCAGCAAAAAGAAUUAAAAGCAGAAAAAGCAAAACGAGAAUCUUUAGAGAAACAAUUGAUCGAAUUGAAAUUCAAAUCGAGAAAUAACGAGGAUCUCGAAGAACAAGUUAAACAAUUACAGGUGCGACAAAGCAACACAAAUGCAGAUCUUCAAGAACAAUUGAAAAAGAUUACUCAAGAAUAUGAACUAGUAAUAGAAGGAUUGAAGGAAUUAUUUAAGAAUCUACCGGAAAAACUUACUAAAAAAAUGGAAGCGACAAAUUUUACUGUAGACAAUUUCAUAUCACUUGUACACCAAAUUGGUGAGGAAAAUGGACAGCUUCUGGAUGAAAUUUCUCAAUUACAAAUAAAAUGUGGAAAUAUACAGGAAGUGGGCGAUGAAAAAGAAAAAUUAAAAGAGAUCUUACAAUCUACGCAAUUAGAACUUGAAGAAACUAAAUUGAAAUAUGAAGAUCUCGAAUUAAGAGCGCAAAAUGCAAAGAACAACUUGACCCAAUUUUCCGAGAAAGAAACUGAGUUGCGUAAUGAAGUAACACAAUUGCAUACAGAAAUCGAUGCUUAUAAAGAAAAGAUUCGCAAACAUGAGGCAAUUCUUAAACGUCAGUCUGUAAUCGCAGUUGUGCAAGAUGGGAAAUCAAUAAAAGAGGAAUUUCAACAACAAUUGGCCUCGCAAGAACAAGAAUACGAGGCUCAACUCAAGGAACGAGAUGGGGUUAUUACAAGACUUCGGUCUGAUUACAACAAUGCAAUAACUGAGAAAAAUAAUUCAGCACAAACUGUAAAAGAAUUAGAGGAAAUGUUGAGCUCAAAAUCGAGAACCUUGGAUCAACGUGAAGUGACAAUUAAUCGGCUUGAAGCUGAUAUUGUCCAGCUUAAGAUGGAACUUGCCGAGCUUAAGACUGCUUCCGAUGGGCUGAAAGGAAAGAAAGCAACGGCUGCUAUGUUUGGAAAUGCUCUUAAUAGUAACGAAAUAAAUUCUUUAAGAUCUCAACUCGAUGCAGCACACGAGGAAAUAAAUAAUCUGAGAUCUGCUAAUCUAGAUCUGCAGUUAAAAGUGGAACAUUUAAGCAAAAAUAUGGCCACAGUACAGUCCCGAUUCAGUGCACGUGAAGAAGCAUUAGAGAAUCGUUCGGAUAUGUUACAAAACGAAUUGGAUGGAAUCUCGCUUGAAUUUGAACGAUUAACAAAAAACUUUUUGGAUUUUGACACUGAACGGAACAAAUUACAAGCUACCAUCGACAAAUUAAAUCGACAAUGCGAGAAGCUUGAUGAUGCAUUAGCCGAUGAACGUAUCAAAAAUCUUGGUAACAAUCCCAAAGAACCCUUGAAUACAGCAGGUUUACGCAAAGAAUUUCGAACCAUGAUGUCAAAUUUGAGAUCUGAGCACGCAAAAGCUUUACAGAGAGAGAAUGAAGAAAAGAGAUUAUUGGAUAAUUUGGUGAGAUCGCUUCGACGCGAAAAAGAGGCAGAGAAGUGGGUGAAGGUGAAUAAAAGCACACAGACGCGAUUUGUGGUGAGCGUGAAGAGCGGUUAA